CAUGUUGAAACUAUGGAUCAGAGCUUGACGAUCCCACUGCUGACGGCUGCUUCUGUGGUACUAGUGACCGUGCUGUACUUCCUCCUGGGAGGCUCUGCAGGAGAGAAGAAGAAUAAUCUGCCAGUCACUCUGCAGGAUCCUACUGUCAAAUAUGCCCUUCCCCUUAUACACAAACAGGAAAUCAGCCAUGACACAAAGAAACUUCGAUUUGGCCUUCCAUCUCCAACUCAUAUCCUUGGACUGCCAGUCGGUCAGCAUGUGUACCUGUCAGCCAAGGUAAACAGCAGUCUGGUGGUCAGAGCCUACACACCAGUGUCCAGUGAUGAGUACCAGGGAUAUGUGGACCUUGUGGUCAAGGUGUACUACAAGAACAACCAUUCCUCGUUCCCGGAGGGAGGGAAGAUGUCUCAGUACCUGGACAACAUGUCUAUUGGAGACAGCGUUGACUUCUGAGGACCCAAUGGACUGCUCCUGUAUAAGGGAAACGGUCACUUUUCCAUCCGACCAGACAAGAAGUCAGAGCCUAAAGUUCGGAAGUUUAAACAAGUUGGAAUGAUCGCUGGGGGAACAGGCAUCACCCCUAUGCUGCAGUUAAUCCGCAGCAUCACAGCAGACCCCAAUGACAACACCAAGUGCUGCUUCAUAUUUGCCAACCAGACUGAGAAAGAUAUCCUUCUGUGUGAGGAGCUGGAGGAGGUGAAGAAGAACCAGUUCGAUAAAGUUAAGGUCUGGUUCACACUGGACAAACCUCCGCACGAUUGGAGCUACGGUUCAGGGUUUGUGACCAAUGACAUGAUCAGGGAGCACCUCCCUGCUCCGUCUGCUGAUGUCCUGUGCGGUCCACCACCGAUGAUCCAAAACGCCUGUCUUCCAAAUCUGGACAAGCUGGGACACAGAACAGAAAACAUUUUUGCAUACUAGUGUUCUGAAUGACUACAACACUUGUUUAUUGUAAUUAUCACUAUUCACUAUCACUAAACCAAAAAUCACUGUAUGAAUAUUGUUUAUGGUCUAACUAUGUCAUGUUUUUCAUUUAAGCAUGUGUGAUUUUGAUGUAAAUGACACAACUGAAAUGAAACAACUACUACAAACCUGUAGCAUUUUAAAACUGGUACAUAAAUGCCAUAAAAAUGACCUAGUAACAUCAAUGUGAAAACUUCUAUGGACUCAGGUGUACUUUUACAAACAGUAUUUAAUCAAACUUCCUAUCUGUGACUGUGUCAUCAAAAAGAAAUCUCUGAAUUCAUGUGAAAUAAAAAAAUGACAGUGUUUGAUUGUAAUUAUAAUACUUCAUAGAUCAAAGCACUGAUUUAUUGCAGUUCUGCAGUUUUUAAAUGUUCUGACUAUUCCAUAAUCUAUUGUAUACCUAA